GGGGGAGAUGGGAACAUGAUCGGAGGUGUGACUGCAGCUUUUUCUGAUGUGUGAGUGUAAUAAUAGGCGAGUCUGCAUUCUGCUUCCUUAGGAGAGCGCAUACAGGAGAGUGAUUUCUCCUGAGGAUGUCCUAAAAUGCUUUCCGUACUGCACAGCAUCCCCAGUAGCAGCUGUCACAAUCUGGGGGAGACACGGAGUCGCUCGCUGUUGCGCUGAGUGCAUGUGGUUUAUUCCUUGUCAAUCGCAGGCUCGCUCCACCCCUUCUCACCGGUACUUUGGUACGCUCCAUCCUGAAAGCAUCAUGGCGAUUGAUGGUGGAGAGCGAACCUGUGGAGUUCAUGAACUUAUCUGCAUUAGAAAAGUGUCUCCGGAGGCUAUAGGAUUCCUCUCAGCUGUCGGGGUGUCGGUUUUUCUCCUCUUGUUACUUUUCCUUUACAUCAACAAGAAAAUGGGUUUCGGGAAAAAUGGAGGAUUCUACAGAGCUGGUUCUGAAUUUGGAGCAAAACAUUGCCAAGUAGGUCGAGACUUCCAUGGGUCUUCAUCAGAAAGUGAAGACGAAGUCCUGGGUAAAUACCAAGAAGCAAUGACGCGACUGUACACCAACCGGAGUACCACAGAUAAGCAACAAAAUUACACUUGGGAAACCAGGCAGAAAUACAGUCCAUUGUCUGCUGAGUAUGAUGGUUAUAGCAGUGAGGUGUCUGCGGAUGAAGCAAACUGUAUCCAGAGAAUGAGGAGGACACCACCCCUGGAUGAACUGCAGCCACCUCCAUACCAAGAUGACAGCGGCUCUCCUCGCCUUUCAUGCACCCCUUCUGAAAUUGGAGACAGCAAAUGUGAACUGUCUCGCUGUAGCAACAGCCCCAGGUACUCUUAUACCAAAUGCCCCAGUGAAGGAAGCACCGGCCAUGAAGUGGAAAGCUUCCAGAACAAGGGCUACGAAGAAGAUGUUCCGAGUGAUAGCACUGCUGUUCUAAGUCCAGAAGAUAUGUCAGCCAGAGGAUCAUCUUCACAGCUUCCUAAAUCUUUUGAUCCGGAGGCAGUAGCUAAAUACGGCACUUUGGAUGUAACUUUUGACUAUGAUUCACCAGAACAGAAACUUCUAGUUACCGUGACAGCUGCCACAGACCUGCCCACGCACAACAGGACAGGGAAUUGCAACUCGUGGCAGGUCCACCUCGUGCUGCUCCCCGCCAAGAAGCAGAGGGCAAAAACCGCCGUCCAAAGGGGGCCCUGCCCGGCCUUCACGGAAUCCUUCAAAUUUAAUCACAUUGAGUCAGAAAUGAUUGCGAAUUACGCAGUGCGCUUUAGGCUGUACCUUGUACGGCGACUGAAAAAGGAGCGAAUGGUGGGGGAGAAGGUCUUUUACCUGACAAAACUGAAUCUGCAAGGAAAGCUGUCGGUGCCCGUGGUACUGGAUCCUGCUUACAGUCUGUCAGGCUGUGAUUCCCAAAUGAGCAUGUCAGAAAUGUCUUGCACAGAGAGCACCUCCUCCUGCCAGUCACUGGUCCACGGCUUGGUUCCCGAGAUACUUAUCGGCCUGCUUUAUAAUGCCACCACUGGAAGACUCUCCGCUGAAGUGAUAAAAGGCAGUCACUUCAAAAACCUGUCAGCCAACAGGCCUCCCAACGGACUGUUCUGUUGUCUUAAACACUUGAUAGGUGGACAGGUUUAUAUAAUUCGAGAUACCUAUGUAAAGUUAUCGUUGCUGAAUUCCAUGGGGCAGGAAAUGUCGAAAUGUAAGACCUCUAUCCGACGCGGCCAGUCCAACCCGCUGUACAAGGAGACCUUCAUAUUCCAGGUUGCUCUCUUUCAGCUCUCCGAAGUGACUCUCAUUUUGUCUGUCUAUAAUAAACGCAGCAUGAAGCGCAAGGAAUUGAUAGGCUGGAUAUCCUUAGGUCUGAAUAGCUCAGGCGAUGAACAGCUUAAUCAUUGGACUGAAAUGAAGGAGUCGAAAGGACAGCAAGUAUGUAGAUGGCACACGCUGCUGGAAUCGUAAUUAUGAUCAGAACCUCUCUUGUGACUCAAGAGGAAUCAUCUGCUCUUUGAAAGGAUUCAAUCUUAUUUAGCCACCUGCAGAAGAUCUCCAGUGGCUGCUAAUAGGUUUGGCAUGCUGAGCCGGGCAGCAAACACCAAGGGGAAAAAUUCUAUGCUACCGUGUGUUUAUUUCUGUGUCGGAGCAAAGAUGGAAUGUGAAAGUUCACACCAGACCCAAACUAUACCCAGGACUUCCUUAGGUGCUUAUUUUAAUUUGAUUUUUUAAACAGUUCUGAACACCAGCUUUACAGCUAAAGUCUUUCUAUGCUUCAGUGUUAGAAGCACUUCUUUCAAAAAAAAAAAAAUAACAUUUUGGAUAUUAUUAGGGAUAUGAGAGAGAAAUUUUCGAUAUUUCUAUGUUUUUUCCAUCCUAUUUUUAUUGUUAAUUUUCUUGUGCAGUGCGUUGCAGACACUUCAGAAGCACACAAUAUCUAAAAUAAAAAUAAAAUGGAUAUGC